AUGGACAUCGAAAGUUGUGUCGAACUACCUGACGGACACCUCGUUAACCUCUCUCCAAGGCCUCAACGACAACCCCAAUACCAGGCAUACCGCGCUCAUUAUACAGCGACAGAGCUAUAUCCGACCCCACCAGCCAGAAACUCCCAUCGUGUGCCACCAUCAGAACUCGAAGACCGUCGAACCUCGUUAGAUAUCAUGUAUCAAAAAGAGAAAACAACCAAGCUUCCGGUGCCGAAGUCCUUCGCUGAGAGGGCAAGGGAGCAGAGAAAUCAAACCCCUAGCCCUACCGGAAUCCCUAAAUCAUCAUCGGCCGCGUUUUCAUUGGGGGGAUCUGGUGGUCCGUCUGCGGACCGGGACCGAAGCAUAGGCAUGCGGAAAAUACGUGGCAGGUUUGAAAAGGAAUCACCUUUGUCACAGCGCGGCUCUUAUAUCCGAUCAAGGGAAAGCGAUAGAGUUCGAUCUGAAGGGAGUGCGAAUUCCUGGCAACAGCACAAGCAUCCAGUCAAAACAGUCUCGGAAGUCCAACCAUCGCAACGCGGAGCGAGCAAUCCACGAAGUGGCAUCCCCAAUCCCAAUACCAACCUCAAUAAAGCGGUAUCGAGCCCGCGUUAUGAUUCUCGCAAUGCCGAGCCACAAAAUAAGUGGUUAAAGGAGGGAGGUCAGUGGGUUAAUCGAGAUACCCGCGAGAGUAUGCAUCAGAGAUCGGAAGCAACAGACACGACCACCGAUUCCAGCCCCCGGUCUCAUCCUUCAAUCUCGCCGGUUUCCGCCGAGGACUCGAUGACAGACUGUGACUGGGAGGACAGAUUCGUCGUUCAUAUGCCCUCUGCAAAGGAUCCCAACCCACCGACCAUGACUGAAGAUCAAAUUGCCGAUUAUCAAAGAAGCAUUGAGAAAGUCCAUCGGGAGGGAAACCGAAUGCUUGACCCAAAUACUCGACCAAGCCCACGAGGCUCACCGAGCGAGGGACGACGUAAUUCCUCGACAUAUCAAGAGAGGCGAAGAAAAUCAGAUCAAUCCAAGACCAAUGAAAGCGCGGUACCAGAGCCACAACAGCCUAAGGGGGAAGUCGAAAAGCUGAAAGUUCCAGCUUCCCAGCCUCAUGGGCCUCAGGCGGACACCAACUAUUAUAGCCCUGAUGAAAUUGGCAAAAACCGCAUUAGCACUAUAUGGGAGGAGUCUCCCACAAAGCCCAGAGAGAAGCGGAGAUCUCACACUGGAGAUGGUUCCUUCUUGGGGUGCAAGGAAAUCAAUAAUUGCCCAAAAAACCCUGACGAAAUUCUACUCUUCUCAUCAGGGGAAGACUCUACCACUCUACAACCCCGUCCACUUGCAGUGCGCGCAAAAAAGAGACAGAAGGAGAAAGAGGCCCAGGUGGCGCGCAAUUCAAUGGAGAAAACUGUUAUACAAGAAGAAUGGUCCCAAGUUUCGCGAAAUUCGAAGGGCAAGCAUACACCAGUGACCUUGUGCCAGGAACAAGAAUGCCCUGAUAAUCAGGUCUCAACUCCAAGCUCUCAGGGCUCGAGUAAAGAGAACUCGCGUCCCAGGCCAAGCAUUGAAAAUUCUCCAGGUAGAAUGGACGGUGGACGUGGUGAUGAUGUGUUCAUUAUCACACCUACUGUCACACGUACUAUGCUUCCUACCCCGACACCAGAGAAGGUGGCAAAGGCAGAAAAGAAAAUCUCUGUUAUAAAGGCGCAAGGGCUACGACGUCCUGGUGGAACUGGUCAAUCUGGAACUGGAGAGGCCGUUAAGGCUGUUCGGGCAAAGGCCCAGGUCAUUUCUACACCUGCUGGACUACGACAUGUGUCAGGAAUUGCGCAAGUCAAGUCGGCUCUUCCAUCGCUUACCUCUUUGAAGACAACUCCAUCUUCAUCGCCUUCUAAAGCGACCCAUGUUAUCAGCACUCCUGCGUCAAAAGAACAAGACCUAAAAGCAGAAGACGAGAAAGAAAAAGAGCUGAAGGUUACGGAGUUGAAAGUGACAGAGUCGAAAGACGCAGAUUCGAAAGACAGUGAUCCGAAACCAAAGGAUAGCCCCAGCCAACGGAAGGAAAAGGAUAAGACCGAGAAACCAAGCAGUUCUAUCCGUGGUUUCAUUCGUACCUCCGGACUAGCAAGAUCUACGGGGCUCGUCAGAUCACCAACCGAAAGUCUGGCGACAAUACUCCGCAACGGAACCGAAUCUUUGCGCAAUCGCGCGGAAUCCCUACGCAAUGGCUCAGGAUCUCUCGGUAGCCGCAAGGGCUCAAGCUCCUCUGUGUCUCAAGCCUCACCACCGACUAGAGACAAUUCAGAAUCUUCAAGAUCUGCCAGGUCCUUCAUAUCAGCGAAAGAGACUCCGCCAUCCUCUACAAAGUCAUCUCCAGUUAAAAAUAAUUCACGGAAUGCCGGGAUUUCUCUUGAGAAACCUCCUAUCCAAGAGAAGCCACCUGCAGUGGAGCCAGAGCCCCCAGUCAAGAAGGCCACGCCUCCACCAGAGAAGGAAAAGACACCUGAGAAGCCUGGAAAAGCAGAAAAACAACCUCCUACUGCUGAACAGCUAUCUCGAGCCGAACGACUAGAAAGGUUCAAAGAACAAGCCCGACUCCGAAGGGCAACGAAAGUUGUGGAGAUCGCAGAAUUGGACGGGCAGCAAGUAGCCACGUCCAAACAGAGUCUGCAAGCCAAUAUAACGGAUGUUCACGACGAUCUUCACAAUCUCUCAUCAGGAGAAAAAGAAGAGGAGUCCCCCAAGGAAAUCUCCACCAACAUCACCAUCACCACCGACAACGACACAAACACCAUCGCCCUCUCCCUAAUCUUCGAAAUCGUUUUCUUAGCGAUAACAAACAUGCAUAAAUUCGCUCUCCAAACAACCGACAGUCCAUACAUCAAGUUCGUGAUCACGAACAUCUUGAACAUGACCCGCCAUUGUUACCAUGUCUUCAGUACAAUCUGCAGUACUAUCUCGGUUUACCAGAACACGGGUUCUUGGCCUAAAGCCAAGAAUGAUCAGGCUAUUAGCCGAUUCUUGGUCGAGUUCCUGCAAGCUAUUGUCUAUUUGUUUAUUCUUGGUUUUGGGGCCUUGAUCGCCGGUCGUGCGGCUGGGUAUGUGGUUCUCGUGGGCACCUGGAUUGUUUGGUUUGCUAGGCCUUUUUCUUGGGCCUUUCAAUGUGUUACUCAUGCUCUUAUAACAUGA